AAUGAUGUGAAACCAUGCACAUCUGAAACGAAAAGUGUGGAAAAUGAUUGGGAGAAAGAAAAUGAUGAAGAUGAAGAAGAAGAAGAAGAAGAGGAGGAAGAAGAGGAAAAAGUGAAAAAGGUUGCAGUUGUAAAGCCAAAGAUUAAAGAAGAUUCUGAAGACACAACGACUGAUAGGAAAGAACAUAUCAAUAUUGUAUUUAUUGGUCAUGUUGAUGCGGGAAAGUCAACAAUUGGUGGCCAUAUAUUGUAUUUGACUGGUAUGGUUGAUAAACGUACUUUGGAAAAGUAUGAAAGAGAAGCGAAGGAAAAGAACAGAGAAUCUUGGUACUUAUCUUGGGCUUUGGAUACCAACUCUGAAGAGAGAGAAAAGGGAAAAACUGUUGAAGUUGGUAGAGCAUUCUUUGAAACAGACAAGAAACAUUUUACUAUUCUUGAUGCACCUGGUCACAAAAGUUUUGUCCCAAAUAUGAUAGGUGGUGCAUCUCAAGCAGAUUUAGCUAUUUUAGUCAUAUCUGCUCGAAGAGGAGAAUUUGAGACUGGGUUUGAUAGAGGUGGCCAAACAAGAGAACAUGCUAUGUUGGUGAAAACUGCAGGAGUAAAACAUUUAGUGGUAUUGAUUAAUAAAAUGGAUGAUCCAACAGUUAACUGGGCUGAAGAAAGGUUCAAUGAAUGUAAAGAAAAGCUACUACCAUACCUAAAGAAAUGUGGGUUUAAUCCCAAGACAGAUAUUGUUUUCAUGCCUUGUUCAGGAUUAACAGGAGCAUUCUUGAAAGAUAAAGUUGAUGAAGCUAUAUGCCCUUGGUAUCAAGGACCAUCUCUUCUUACAUUCUUAGAUGAUUAUGCACCUUUAGCUAGAGACAAAGAUGCUCCUGUUAGAGUUCCUAUUGCUGAUCGAUACAAAGAUAUGGGAACUAUUGUAUUGGGCAAAAUUGAAUCUGGAGUUGUGUCAAAAAAUCUUCAGUUGUUGCUUAUGCCUAACAAGCAGAUGGUUAAAGUCACCCAGAUCUGGUCUGAUGAAGAUGAUGCUGAUGAAGCUUGGCCAGGAGAAAAUGUCAAGUUGAAACUUGGUGGAGUAGAAGAAGAUGAUGUUUCUCAAGGAUUUGUUCUUUGUUCGCCAAAUAGUCUGUGCCAUACCUCCAAAAAUUUUUAUGCUCAGAUUGUUAUAUUAGAGUGUAAAUCAAUUAUCUGUGCUGGCUAUAGCUGUGUUUUACACAUUCACUCUUGUUCUGAAGAAGCUACUAUUACAGGACUUAAAUGCCUUUUAGACAAGAAAACUGGUAAAAAGGCUCAAGCUGGACCCAAAUUUAUCAAACAAGACCAAGUUGGAAUUGCAAGUAUAGAAAUCAAUGGUGGUAGGAUUUGCUUAGAAACCUUUAAAGACUUUCCACAAAUGGGACGAUUUACUCUGCGAGAUGAAGGCAGAACGAUUGCGAUUGGAAAAGUGCUAAAACUCUUAGAUUAAAUUAUUGAUUUCAACUCCGUACAACUUCAUAUGGCAUUAUGCAAACUGACCAUGUGUGAAUUAUUCAAAGUGUCUUUCCUUUCAUUCACCAUCAUGUACAGUAAUGCGCUUUCAGGUUUAUUGUUGGAUUCUCAUAUAGGUUUUUUUUAAUAUGAAAACAGGGCUGCAAUGAUGAUGAACUUACAGAAUAAGAGUCAUGUUUUUUG